AAGUUGACAUUCACUCUAAGGGAGCUGAAAUCAAAGAGUUUGAAUACGGGCGGAGGAAGCGAUGCAGCGGCUCUCAGGAUUAAAAGGAAGCGGAAGUGAGCAGGAGCAGCAGCUGCAGCAGCAACAGCAACACGGGGAUUGGGAGUGCAAGAGAAGCCAAGUCAUAGCGGGACAGAGUGCAGAAGCUGGGCCCGGUUGCUUACAUUCUUCUUCCCCAUGCUAGAAGGAUGCAACAUGGCGGCAGCUAUGGAAACCGAACAGGUUGGGGUAGAGAUCUUUGAAUCAGCAGCCAGCCAUGAAAGCCCAGAGACCAAUGGGGGCGAUAUAAAACCAGAGCCCUAUUUUGUUGAGCGUCACUCUUGGAGUCAAAUGAGGAAACUUCUGGCAGACACUAGGAAGUAUCAUGGAUACAUGAUGGCCAAAGCACCUCACAGCUUUACAUUUGUUAAGAGGAACGAUCCUGAAAGCCCUCACUCUGAUCGCAUGUACUACCUGGCAAUGUCAGGAGAAAAUCGAGAAAAUACCUUGUUCUAUUCUGAAAUUCCUAAGAAUGUUAAACGAGGAGCAGUACUUAUGCUUUCUUGGAAGCCUCUUCUUGAUACAUUCCAGGCUACUCCUGAUUAUGGCAUGUAUUCCCGUGAGGAAGAGCUGCUUCGUGAGAGGAAACGGAUUGGAACAGUGGGUAUUUCUGCUUUUGACUAUCAUGCAGAAAGUGGGACUUUCCUAUUCCAGGCUGGUAGCGCCAUCUACACAGUGCGGGACGGUGGUCCUCGUGGAUUCACAAAGCAACCGCUGCAACCUCAGUUACUGGAGAGCAGUUGUCCCAACAUACGUAUGGACCCAACCAUCUGUCCUGGAAAUCCAACCUUUAUGGCGUUUGUGCACAGCAAUGACUUAUGGAUCUCCAACAUGGAGACUGGGGAGGAGAGAAGGCUUACUUUUGUGCACAAAGAUAUGGUUGGAGUGGAAGAAGAUGCCCGUUCUGCUGGAGUAGCCACAUUUGUGCUACAGGAGGAAUUUGACAGAUAUACAGGCUAUUGGUGGUGUCCUCGUAAUGAACCAACUGCUACAGGUGGUCAGAUCUUGCGCAUCCUCUACGAAGAGAAUGACGAGUCUGAGGUUGAGAUUAUCCAUGUAACAUCCCCAAUGUUGGAGACCCGAAGAACAGACUCCUUCCGGUAUCCAAAAGCAGGAACUGCAAAUCCUAAAGUGACUUUCAAGCUUUCUGAAAUUAUUGUGGAUGCUGAGGGCAGGGUGCUACAUGUGGUAGACAAGGAACUUAGACAACCCUUUGAGGUACUUUUUGGAGGUACGGAGUACAUUGCGAGGGCUGGAUGGACACCUGAUGGGAAAUAUGCCUGGGCCAUUCUGCUUGAUCGACCCCAGACACGGCUGCAAAUUGUCCUUAUUCCCCCUGCUCUGUUUGUCCCAUCCUACAAGGACUCCUCAGAAUGGCAACGGGUGGCUGACUCUGUAGUUGACUCUGUAACACCACUUAUUAUCUAUGAAGAAACAACAGACAUCUGGAUAAAUAUUCAUGACAUCCUGCACUUCUUCCCUCAAACCAGAGAUGAUGAGAUUCAGUUCCUUUUUGCCUCUGAGUGCAAGACAGGCUUCAGACACCUUUACCGUAUUACCAGUGUACUAAGAGCAGGUGGUUCCGGCAAAGGAGGUUCUGAUGUGCUGGGACUCAAUGACUUCCGAUGCCCCAUAAAGGAAGAGGUGGCCAUUACUAGUGGAGAGUGGGAGGUUCUUGGCCGACAUGGAUCCACGAUACGAGUGGACGAGAUAAACAAGUUGGUGUAUUUUGAGGGUACAAAGGACACACCUCUUGAGCACCAUCUGUAUGUCGCCAACUACGACACCCCUAGGGAGGUGAAAAGACUGACUGAUCUUGGCUUUUCCCAUGCCUGCUGUGUCAGCCAGCACUGUGAUAUGUAUAUCAGUAGAUACAGCAGCCAGGCUGUCCCACACUCUGUGCAUCUCUUCCAUAUAACAGGCACUGGAGCAGACCCAGCACAAAGGGACAAAGAAUUCUGGGCCACACUCCUGGAGUCGCCAGGAACACUUCCUGGAUAUAUUGCUCCAGAAAUAUUCUCCUUCCCCAGCCGUACCGGCUUUACAUUGUAUGGCAUGAUGUAUCGACCUCAUCAGCUGCAGCCUGGGAAGAAAUACCCAACUGUGCUCUUUAUCUACGGGGGACCACAGGUGCAAUUGGUUAACAAUCGAUUCAAAGGAGUAAAGUAUUUCCGGCUAAACACUUUGGCAUCUCUGGGGUACGUGGUGGUUGUUAUUGACAAUCGAGGUUCCUGUCACCGUGGGCUGAAAUUUGAAGGAGCCUUCAAGUACAAAAUGGGCCAGGUAGAGAUAGAAGAUCAGGUGGAGGGACUGCAGUAUCUUGCAGCCAAACACAGCUUUUUAGAUCUUGACCGUGUGGGAAUCCAUGGAUGGUCAUAUGGAGGCUAUCUCUCACUUAUGGCCUUAAUUCAGCGGCCUGAUAUAUUUAGGGUGGCUAUUGCAGGAGCUCCUGUGACUCUCUGGAUCUUUUAUGAUACUGGAUACACUGAGAGGUACAUGGGACAUCCAGACCAGAAUGAACAUGGCUACUAUUUGGGCUCUGUGGCUAUGCAAGCAGAAAAGUUCCCCUCUGAGCCCAGUCGCUUGCUGCUCUUACACGGUUUCCUGGAUGAGAACGUGCAUUUUGCACACACCAGCAUACUGCUUAGCUUUCUGGUCCGCAGUGGAAAACCUUAUGACCUGCAGAUUUAUCCUCAGGAGAGGCACAGCAUCCGGGUUCCUGAGUCUGGAGAACAUUAUGAACUCCACCUCCUGUAUUACCUGCAGGAGAACCUUGGCUCCCAAAUAGCAGUCAGCAAAACAUUGAAGGAAAGCCUACUCUGAUUUUAUGAUCUGUCAUUGAGGCUGUAGUGUGUAAGAUUCUUUGACAACCAUAUGGGCUUCAUCUGGACCAACACCAGCCUUAUUUCUUCUGCUAUGAAUGGUAUGGAGGUCUCUGAAUCUGAAUGCUCUGCAGCCUCGUUAUCAAUGUCACAUAUGAUGUUGCUUAUCAAGCACAUGCGAUUUAAGCUGCAGUGUAUUCAUGGAGCAGAAGAAAUGAAAGAUGCCAGGAUUCUGCAACCUCUGGUGCCCAACAAACUUCAUAAUGUGCUUACAACAGAGAACUAUGAGGGAUCUGCAGGAGCUUCUAUGGUUUGCUGUACUGAAUCUGACUGUGCUUGUGUCAUUUUAUGGGAAAAAGAGGACCGUGCAUUUCACUUAAUGUGGAACUGAAAGAUUCCCAUAUUUCUCUUGGACUUGUCCGUCCUAUGAACUAAACUGAAUCAAUGACAUUGACAUGCAUAUUUAAGGGUAACGUGGUAACUAGUUGUAGACCAGAAUUUUAGAUAACAAAGUUUUGUUGUAUACUCAUGCUUGCAUAUUUCUAAUAAUUUUAGGUUCUUUUUGUUUAACAUAUCUCUGCUAUGUACAGCCAAAUCAUUUGACAGGCAGUGGAAUCCACUUACUGGAUUUUCUUUCCAGCCAAGUGGACAAUUAAAAAUGGAUCUCCCCUUCUUUAUUUUUAUUGUAAUUAGCUAAAUUUUAUUUUAAUGAUCAGUCAACAGAUAUUAUUAAUCUUCUUAGCUUGUCACUGUCAUUGGUUCCGUUUUGGUUCCAUCUCACACUGACCCUUUCAAGGUGCCAUAUUUUGUGCUGUUGCAAAAAAAAACAACUGAAAAAAGAAAACAACAGAAAAGCUGUAAAAUUUAAAACAAUAUUUUAUUCUGCUC